UCUGCUAAAAGUUUUCGUCUUAAAACUUCUUUGCCCAAGAUGCAAACGUGGUACGUUAUAACAUUUCUAAUUCGUGGAUAGACCAUCAUGAUCUAUUAUAUAAAUCCCUCUCUACCCACUUUCACUGCACAAAACAAAACCAAAGCUAGCUCUCUCUGUUCUGUAAUUACUUUUCUACUCUUUCUGAUCCCCUUUGGUUGUACUUUAGUUGAGAAGCGACAAUUCUCAUUUUCCGGCAGAAGAGAUGGCAACUCGCCGUGGCUACCGAUUUCCACCACAGAGUCAAGAUAAGCAACCAGGCAAAGAAUAUCUGAUGCACCCUCUUCCAGAAUUCAUAAAUCCUCACUACAAGCCCUCCAACAAGCUCCAAGACAAGGUAGCCCUGGUGACAGGGGGAGAUUCUGGAAUAGGAAGAGCUGUAUCAUACUAUUUUACAUUGGAGGGUGCAACUGUAGCCUUUACAUAUGUGAAAGGUCGGGAGGAUAAAGACAAAGACCACAUCCUGAAGAUUUUACACGAGGUGAAGGCAGAGGGAGCAAAAGAUCCUAUUGCCAUCCCUACUGAUGUUGGAUUCGAAGAAAAUUGUAGGAAGGUUAUUGAUCAAAUUAUGAGUGAAUAUGGGAAGAUCGAUAUUCUAGUUAAUAACGCAGGUGAAGCGCACUACAGUACUACUAUUGAAGAUAUCACUGAUCCUAUGCUUGAGAGGGUGUUUAGAACCAAUAUAUUUGGUCAUUUCUUCAUGUCGAGGCAUGCUUUAAAGCAUAUGAAAGAAGGGGGCUGCAUUAUCAACACCGCAUCUGUUGCAGCUUAUGCUGGCUUCUCCUUUAUGGUAGACUAUAGCUCCACAAAAGGAGCCGUUGUAGCUUUCACAAGGUCUCUAGCUCUGCAGCUUAUAGACAGAGGGAUUCGUGUGAAUGCAGUUGCACCAGGUUCUGUCUGGACACCAUUUCAACCGUCAACUUUAUCAGCCGAGCAGGUAGCACAAGUAGGAAGUGGAGUACCAAUGGACAGGGCAGCGCAGCCUUAUGAGAUUGCACCUUCUUUUGUCUUCUUGGCUUCCAAUGACUGUUCCUCCUACUUCACUGGCCAAGUUCUGCAUCCUAAUGGCGGUUUGAUUGUCAAUGCAUGAUCCUGGUUCUGGGUUCUUUCUGCCUACUUUCCAAGUUGCAGUAGGGCGUUCAAUAUGUAUUUUCCAUUUUAUUGUGCUUCAUAAAUAAGGAAAAUGAUGUGUAUCGUUAUAGAAUAAUAUCUAGCUGUUUAUUGAUGUACUUAUCAAGUUAAAAUCAAAGAAAUGAUUGCAUUAUAAACA